AAAUAAGGAGAGUGACGACUUACAUUAUUUGACUUCUUACUGCAUCCAUGGUGGGAUUAUAUCAUGAAACUCUGCAGAGCCAACAGAAUCAAACUCAGGUGUAACCAGUGUAGGAAAGUAAAACAUACUGAUCAAGCAUGCCAGUUCCUCUUCCUGGAAGAUAAUACCUACAAUUGUAAACACCUGUAUGUUUUAGUAAAUUUCUUAUUGUCCCGUUAGUCUACCUGGAGAUGCUUAUUCUUAUUGCUGAAACUAGUAGACUGCAAGUUUUUUUUUUUUGUUUUUUUUUUUUAAAAAGUCAGUGCAGAACAUUCUCCAAUUUCAGCUUAUCAGUGAAAAGUUGCCAUUUGUCAAUUUUAGAGUUAUAAGAAUGUUGAAAAAUUACAAGACUAGAUAUUUCAGCCCUAAAUAUUAUUAAUUAAAUAUAUUUUAAAUUGUAUACUGUUGGUUACACAAAUCAAGCAACAUGUAGGAAUCACUUUGGGUUUCUACAUAGAUGUACUGGUAAUUUUUCACAAGGAAACUAAUUUGUUGCAGCCCUACUUAGGAUCAUUAUGCCCAUUCAGUGGCACUGAAGAGGGCUGCAUGUGUGAUGAAGCUGAGAUGAGGAGCAUCGGUACUGGUCGACACACACGACACAACAAAAGCAGGAGAUGAAACAGUGGUGGCCAUAAUUUUAGCCAUGUUGACUACAAGACGCAUACAGCAAUGUGGGGGAGUGAAUGAAGUAAAGACUGGAUUGGCUAAUUCAGGGCCUUCUAUCAUGUGUAUACACCAUGUACAGAAAGGUAUGUGUGUUUUCACAUGUCUACUGGGUGUCCUGUGCGUCACCACAGCAAAGCAGUGCGUAAGCAGAGGCACUGAGUCACUUAUUCUAGUUUGAGGGCCAGCUGUGUGCUAGAUAAAUGAGCAAAAGUCUGCACCCUGAAGGAAGAGAGGAGUAGAGCUUUGAAGUCCUGACCGUCUGUCACCUCUUCUUCCUGUCUGCACAAAGCUUCUAGCUGCUUCUAGAAAUACAGAAAUACUUUGCUUGCAUUGAAUCGUACAUCCAACCGAGAAAAAUGAAAAAGAUCCAGCUGAGUAAAAUCCCCAAUCUGCUACUACGUAAUCCUCAAAAUGAAAAUAUCUCAGCUUCUGUUUUGUUUUGGUGCUGAUGUGAAAUGUAAUACAAACAAACAUCGCAGGAGCUGGCUCAGAGCUGUGAGUAUAUGUACAGCAUCAGGUAACACAGUACAGUGUUUAAUUACAUCCCUGGUAGAGAUGGCCCAGACUGAACUUGUGCCUGCACAUGCUGCCACAUGUCUAAUUCAGAUGACAAUAAUAAUGAUGCCCUCCCUCCCUACACACACACACACACACACACGCGCACAUAUCCAUUGUCUUCAGUAUUAAUGUGAGCUGGACCUUACCCUCCUGACACGGCUUGAUUCAUGUGGGGAUGAGACACAGAUACUGAAUAGUUGAUGAGCUGGGAGAAAAAGAAAAGAAGUAGAGGGGUGGGGUGGGGGCAGAAAUAGAGAGAGGCAGAUGGAGAGAGAGAGAGAGAGAGAGGGAGAGAGAGAGAGGGAGCAGAGAGACGGGUACCCACUCGCCUCGCUUCGCACAGCUUCAAUAAGCCCAGAGGUUGGGAGCCUUGAUGGAAAAUUACCUUGUGACCAAAAGGGGAGGUCAGGACUGGUAGAGGAGAGCAAAGUCAGACCCCACUCGUCCAGAGAAGAAAAAGGAAGCAGAGCAGAGAGGAGAGGAUGGCCUGAGCGUUCGGAUGAUCAGAGCGGACUGAGGUCGGCCAUGGAGAAACUAAAAAGUCCCGCCGUGGGAUGCACCACAGCCACCUGUGGAUGGAGAGCCCUGCUGCUCCCACAGCUGAACAGACAGUCCCUGUACAUGUACGGCAGCGAGGUGGCCGUGGAGAAAGAGUGCAUCCGGCAGCUGCAGAGCGGAGUCUUUGUCAUUCAUCCGUUCAGCCUCAUGAGGAGUUACUACAUUAUGUGCAUGAUGGCCAUCACAUUUCUGAACCUGAUUGGGAUUCCCAUGGAGAUAGCCUUUCUGGAUGGAAACAGCGGGCUGGCAUGGGAAGGUUUUAACGUGUUUUCAGACACGCUGUUCCUGAUUGAUGUAGCUCUGAAUUUCCGAAUGGGCAUCAUAGCAGAGGACGGCGAGGAAGCUAUUCUGGAUAUCAAGCGGAUCCGAGUGAGUUACCUGAGGACAUGGUUCAUACCGGACGUUAUAGCUGCUUUCCCAAUCGGCUAUAUACUGCUGUUUGCGGACUUACAGUACCACAAUGACGACAACCCCUCCAAGACCAACAAGAUGAUGAGGAUAUUGAUGUUUGUGCGGAUCCUCAGCUUGAUCAGGCUGGCUCGAGUGUCCAGACUGGUCAGGUUUUUCAAUGAGGUGGAGAAAGUGUCAAAUGCAAACUUGGAGGUGGUCCGCCUGUUCUUCCGUAUCUUAUCUCUGUUCAUGAUGAUUUUCCUGCUGUGUCACUGGAACGGCUGCAUCCAGUACUUUGUGCCCAUGCUGGAGGAGUUUCCCACUGACUGCUGGGUCCGCAAAGAAAACUUGAUGAACGCCACAGUGAUCGUGAAGUACUCUUGGGGAGUUUUCCGUGCUCUCUCACAGAUGAUUGCUCUCUCUUAUGGCUCCAUGGAUGCACCCACAAAUUAUGUUGAAAUGUGGAUCGUCAUGGUCAGCAUGGUGUCCGGCUGUCUGAUGUACACCGUCCUCGUAGCCAACGCUACAACCAUGAUAGCUAACAUCGACCCAGCAGCAAAGGAGUACAAGAGCAAGAUGAGCCGUUUGGAGCACUACAUGGCCUUCAUGAAGCUCCCACCAGAGCUGCAGCUUCGUAUCAGCAACUACUACCAGGCCCGCUAUGGAGGGAAAUGGUUUGAUGAGAAAGACGUCAUGGCCACGGUGUCCUCAUCACUCAAAGAGCAAAUCCUGGAGAUGAUGUGCAGCCGGCUGCUGAGAAAAGUGCCAAUGUUUCAGAAUAGAGAUGAAAACUUCAUCAAUGUGAUCCUCCUGAAACUGGAUUAUGAGGUUUACCAGGAGGGAGACGUCAUCGUCCGACAGAACGUACCAGGCGACCGCAUGUUCUUCAUCGAUCACGGCCAGGUCCUUGUGGAGACUGAUUCCUACGAGAGAGAGCUGUGUGAUGGAGACUUUUUUGGAGAGACAUGUGUGCUGACUAAAGGCAAACAUCUGGCCACAGUGAAGGCGCUGACUGACUGCCAGUGCUUCUCUCUGUCCUGGGACGACUUUCAGGAGGCACUGCGGGGCUUCCCAGAAGUCAAGAAGGACUUAGAAAAAAUGGUUCAGCUCAACUCUGAUGGCGGACUUGUGUAAGAUCAAAAACACUCCCUGGACUUCUGUCUGUUUUACUGAAUGAAAAAGACAGAAGCUACAGAUAUUAUGAGAUGGACAGUAAGACUGUGGAUGAUUCCACAUCUGGGCACGAGUUGGACUCUUAGAUGGACAGUUUUAGAGCUGACUGGGAGUUAUUUUGUCUUCUAAUCCAUCAGUUAUCAGCAAUAAACUAAGGCCUCAACAGUAAAGAGGUCCAACGUUUCAUCUCUGCUUCCUUGUAAAUGUUGCAGUUUAGCAGUGAUGUCUGGACAACUAAUGCAUAUUUAUGUGACCAAACAAAAGAAGAUUCGGCAAGUCUUAAAGGAAAAUUAUGGUUUCAUACGACUAAGUUUUGGUCAUUAUUCCUAUCCAUAACAACAUUGUACUCACCAAGUUAUUCAGAUUAAUUAGGUUACUGAGGUCUGGGAACACAGAACCAUUGCCAAAAAGAAGUCUGAUGGUUCAAGAAACACAAGCAGUCAGUUUUCAUGGGGGGUUUGUCAGCUAAACUUAGUUAAACAAAUGCCACAACAUAUACUGAAUGCUUUGGUUGUUGAUGUCAGAGAAAGUAUGCAGGCCAACUCACUUUCUGCAGUCAGAAAGUUUUACCCCCAAAUAAAGUGUUUCAGAUAAUAUGGAUAAACUGUUUAUAACGGUUUAUUUACGAUCUGUCUGAUCAUCUGAUCACUCGUGUUCCCUGCACAGUUGGACUUUGUCGUUGCAAUGUCACCAUGUUCCCUGAUCUCACAUAUUACCUUGUUAGGUAAUAUCAUAAAUGCUAGAAACGAUAGCCAAAGCUGCAUAAAUAAAAGCCCAAAUUGUAAUAAACCAUAAUUUUUCUUUAAAGGAAGGUAAAAUACUCAAAUGUACAGUGUCGUUUUUCUUUUUCUCUAAAAUGACAUUUAUUUGUAAGUAAUAUUACACAAGACAAGUUAAUGCCACUGUGAAAGCAACAGAAAUAAAGCAAUAACAUCAGACG